AUGAAUAACUCUUCACUGAUCCCAAACAACGCUACUAACAACAGCCCAGGAUAUUAUUGCAAGUACGAUGAACCUGACACACAGCUAGAGUAUAAUGCAAAACGCAUUGCUGUGAUCAUUUUGAUAACAUUGGGACUUACAGGAAACAUCUUUGUCAUAGUACUCGCUCUGAAAUACACAGUACGCAAGAACUGGCAUAAUUUGAUCAUCAACAUGGCCGUGUCAGAUACUCUCUACAUUCUUUUGAAUCUGAUAAUGGACAUUCCCUGGCUAUCGGAAGGCAAAUUGUUAAUAAAAUAUCCUGAUGGUAUCCUGGGUGACAUUAGCUGCAAGACAAAGCGGUUUCUUCUACAAGUCUCAUAUAGAGUCUCCUUGGUUACUCUUUUGAUAAUCAGCAUCGAACGAUUCAGGGCAACAAGAAGGACAUUGCAAAGAUCGCAUGCUUACACAUUUAGACAACAAAUUGCAGUAAUCGGUAUCUGCUGGUUAAUCCCUAUGGCUCUGGAAGCUCAUUGGUGGCAUAACUCUAUUUUGAACUCUGAAACUGGCCGUUGUGUUCUUCUAUGGAGCAAACUGCGCAUGUGUUUUACAAUUAUCUCCUCAUUUGUAAACCUUAUUUCUAUAAUUGUUAUAUUCGUACUUAGUAUUUCAACAAUAAGACGACUGUCCAGACCUCGUGCCAUUCACGCCCAUCUCAACCAACAGCAACGAAAAGCUCGAGCUCGUCGAACACAAGCAGCCAUACGAAUGGUCCUUGCUUCGGUACUGGUGUAUGCAUGUUGUUGGCUUACGUAUUUUGUUUUAGAGUCUAUAUAUUAUCUGCCGUGGGAUUUGGCUGCACUCGCAUUUCUUGUUGACUGCAAUUCAUGUUUGUUUAUGAUGGGAAAAUUCUUCCCUCUUUUCAACAGUUGUUUCAGUCCGUUUAUUUAUAUCAUAUUUCUGUCUGACUUUCGAGAAGGAGCAAGGAAGGUACUGUGUAGAAAAACCGWCAGAAACGAGAACAGAAGAAACUCAAUGGAACUGAGACAAAUGGCAAACAAUCCGCCAUUAGUGCCUGAGGCGAGAAGAAGAAGAAGAUAUUCCAAUGACGAAGAAGAGCAACAAGUCUAAAAUAUAACUGGUGAAGUGUUUACCAAGCAAAGCAAUAGACUGAGAGAAACGAUGUUGAUAUGCAAGUGAACAUUAUAAAGCUUUAAUCGAAGUAUUUGUAGCAUCAUAUAAGAAAGUUACUUUAUAAACAUACAAACCAAGCCGAACCGAAAUGUACACAAGCGUCUACUUCAUGCCAGAAGUUAAAGCUCGGCUUUGUAUAAAAUGGGCAUCAUGAUCGUGCGGUGUCGGUAUUUCAGGAAGUACAUAUUAGUAUCAAGGUGAAAACGAGCUAUAAAAUUUGUAGCACUGA